UGCAGCCCAGUGUGGGGAUAACCAGCAUUAGAAGACAGAAUUACGCACGCUACAGUGCUCUCAGAGCAGAUGCUGCCAGUGCUUAGGUGUAGUCUGUAGUUAUCAUUAUGUUCAUAGACAGGAGCAAUGUGGGCAUUUUCUGUGUCCUUGAGAACUCUGUGGUGAUAAUGUAUUAUGGUGUGUAGAAAUUAAAGCAAAUGAGAGCAACAAGAUAAAGAAACAGAUUUUAGUCAUUGUGAAAACGACUGAUGGUGAAAUCAAGAAGUGAAAAAUUGUGACAGUAUGAAGCCGCUGGAGGGUGUGAGAAUUCUGGACCUUACAAGAGUACUGGCAGGACCUUUUGCCACGAUGAAUUUAGGAGAUCUUGGAGCAGAAGUUAUAAAAGUGGAAAGACCAGGAGCUGGUGAUGACACACGAUCUUGGGGACCUCCCUUUGUGAACACUGAAAGUACAUAUUUUCUUAGUGUUAAUCGAAAUAAAAAAAGUAUAGCUGUUAAUAUCAAGGAUCCAAGAGGAGUGAGAAUCGUCAAAGAGCUUGCAGCCAUUUGUGAUGUGUUUGUGGAAAACUACAUCCCUGGGAAACUUUCUGAGAUGGGCCUAGGAUAUGAAGAUAUAGAUAAGAUUGCUCCUCACAUCAUCUACUGCUCCAUCACAGGAUAUGGCCAGACAGGGCCCAUGGCUCACAGGGCAGGCUAUGAUGCUAUUGCCUCUGCUAUGUCUGGUCUAAUGCACAUCACAGGACCUGAGGAUGGAGAUCCUGUUCGCCCAGGAGUGGCCAUGACUGAUCUUGCCACUGGCCUUUUUGCCUAUGGGGCCAUUAUGGCUGGCCUCCUACAACGUUAUAGAACUGGAAAAGGACUGUUCAUUGAUUGCAAUCUACUGUCAUCUCAGGUGGCAUGCUUGACCCAAGUAGCUGCUAAUUAUCUUAUUGGACAAAAGGAAGCAAAACGCUGGGGCACAGCUCAUGGCAGUAUUGUUCCUUACCAGGCCUUUAAAACCAAGGAUGGCUAUCUUGUAAUUGGAGCAGGCAAUGACCAACAGUUUGCUGUUGUAUGCAAGAUCUUGAAUUUGCCUGAAUUGAUUGAUGAUUGCAAGUACAGAACGAACCAUCUUCGGGUACAGAACAGAAAAGAGCUUGUGAGAAUCCUAUCAGCACGGUUUGCAGAAGAAGUGACUGCCAAGUGGCUUUGUCUCUUUGAAGGAAGUGGGAUCCCAUAUGGCCCAAUUAACAGUCUGAAGGAUGUGUUUUCAGAAGCCCAGAUGCCAGAUUCCUUAAUAAUGCCAUAAACAACUUGUAGUUUUUGG